UUCAAACGCACGUUUCUCUCUCUUCAUUCCCGACAAUAUCAGACUUUCUCUCUCUACUUCUCUUCAAAUUUGCUGCGAUUUUUGUCUCUUCAAAAUUGCUGCUUCAAAUUUCUUCAUAUUUGCUUCGAUUUGUGAGUGCAUUUUGGAGUUGGAUUUUGUACUAAUUUUGAGAAAUUAUGCGAACGUCUCUUUCAGAGUUUUCAAGCUUGAGUUCGUCUGUAUUGUUUUGGUGAAUAAAUUUCUCAAUGAUAGAGGCGCCGUGAAAGGGUAGCUCAGAGAACAAACACGAGUGCCUAGAUUGGCUUGAUCAGCAAGAGAUGGACUCGGUGAUCUAUGUUUUGUUUGGGACUACAACAUCGAUGACAGAGGAACAGAUCAGGGAAUUGGUGGAUGGACUGGAGAGGAGAAAGCAUAAGUUUGUGUGGGUGUUGAGAGAUGCUGACAAAGUAGACAUUUUAAAAGAAGAUGGGUCGCCAAAAGGCCAUGAUGUACCCGAGGGUUACAAGGUGAGAGUUAAAGGCCUUGGAUUGGUAUUAAAAGAUUGGGCACCCCUGCUAGAGAUCCUAGGACAUCCAACUACUGGAGGAUUUAUAAGUCAUUGCAGGUGGAAUUCUUGCCUCGAAAGCUUAAGUAUGCGAGUGCCAAUUAUAACAUGGCCUAUAUACUCAGAUCAGCCAAAGAACAGUAUGUUGGUUACAAAGGUGUUAAGAAUUGGUGUGGUUGUGAAAGAUUGGGCUCACCGUGAUGAGCUUAUAACAUCGAAUGUAGUAGAGAGUGCUAUCAGGAGAUUGUCGGCUUCAAAUGAAGGAGAAGGGAUAAGGAAGAGGGAAAGAAAAUUGGGAGAUGCAGGCAGAAAGUCAGCUGCCAAAGGUGGUACCUCUUGCAUAGAACUGGAUUCUUUUGUGUCUCAUAUUACCAGAUAACUGAAUUCUAGAGAUGGUGCUGACAUAUGUUCUCUGUUUUGAUCAUCAAUUUGAAAGUACCGCAUUUAUCAACACCUUUUGGGUUGAUAAUGUACACAACUCAUAACCAGGAUUACAUAGUGGUUUGAAGUGGUGACAAUUACAGUUUUAUCAAUUAUAUUUUUCUCUUAAAUGUUUUCUGAAAACCUAUUAGCUCAACCGGUAAAGCACUAUGAAAA